AUGCCAGAAGAGAACUGGGCCGCGCACGGCGGCGUGCAAGCGUGUGAUCUAUGUCACGCUAGAAAGGUCAAGUGCGAUCGUAAAGAUCCCUGUUCUAACUGCAUAAGUUCAAAGAGCCAAUGUCUCCGUAACAGGCAUAAACGAGCUCCUCGUCCCAAGGUUCGAACUGACGACAAGAUUCAAGCCCUUGUCCAGAGAUUAUCGAGCCUUGAGGACACUGUUCGCGUCACACAAGAGACGCCGAGACCCUCGCUGGCUGUUCCAGAGGAAGCGUCGCCGGAACAACAUGCAUCUUCUGACCGACCUUUGAAGCGCAAGCGUACAAGCACUGCCGUCAAUGCUGUUGCUCCUGCAGCAACACAGGAAGUCGAUACAGCACAACAACCUACAAACGAAGCACGGAACCUAAUUCAGAAAGAGCUCUCGACGAACAGUCGGUUCUCUAUGCAUCAGCGCUCGGUGCUUGAGAUGGCAAUAUCGUUCGUCGACCACUUGUCAAAUGCGCCUGUGCCAACCAUGAAAGACCGCAGUACUUUCGACAAGUCAAUGUAUGAGCCGACCGAGCUCACUCAGGGUGAGAUUCUCCACGUCAUCUUGGGGACUGAGACCAAGAACAUGGCUCCAACAACGAUUCAUUUCCACAGUCUCGAUCACCUUCCACCCAAAGCAGUCGAAAGGAUCGCACUUGCUUUGAUGGAAGAUACGGCAGACGAGAAGACCGAAAACCUGUACAAAGUCAUCAUCCACUUCAAGUUCGCCGUGGUCCUGUACGCCAGCCAACUGCAAGGCCCCAAGAGUCCGGCAGUGCAAAAGCAUAUUCGACAAUUGGAAUACAAUCAUCUCAGCGCAGCACUUACAGCUCUGGAUCAUGUCAGUUUCUUGACCACGCCGUCAUUGCUACUCGUCCAGGCCUUGAUCACAGGCGCUAUGAUGAUGCAAAUCGUAGGAAACCCUGCAAGCUGUUGGGAACUCACAGCUCAUGCCUCUCGAACACUCGUCGCGCUCGGCUACCACACGAUCACAACUAAUGAAGCCAAAGACGAAUAUGACGAAGAGAUACAAGCGGCCCUUGCCUGGUGUUCUCAAUUCGACAGCUGUAUGAGUCUGUUGCUGCUGCGGCCGAGGUCUCUACCCCCUAUGAGCAUCAAGAUCUCGUCUUUGAUCAAAGCCAACCCGCUUAAUCCGAUGAGUGUCUUCGAGAUCAUCGCAAUGGAAAUGAUUCCGGUUCAUGACAAGAUCUUGGAGCUGACUCUGGAUCCUGCAUCCAAGAAAUCUGGAGCGCCACUCAAAGAAGAAGUCGCUCGACUGCGAAUGCAGAUGUCGGACAUCUACAAUUUGAUGCAAAGGGACUGUCCGACACACCUCCUCGACUCCAUCAUGGAUAUAUUACUACACUGGAAAUGCCUCGAGUUCAAAUACUUCUCAACUCUAACGUCUGUCCAUCGUCUUAGCCCAACCGUCACGACCGAUCCAUCGGAACGGGAAGAGUGUCUUCAAAGUGCGCGCAAGGCACUUGAAUGCGUCAAAGUCAUUGAAGCCACGUCCAAGAGCCUGGGCCAUUUCAUCGAAGGCUAUGAUCCUUAUCUGGCUUGGACUAUGUUGUCAUAUCCACUCUGUCCAUUCUUCGUGGUCUUUUGCAACGUGGUAGGUACUUCUAAUGAGCGCGACUUUCAGCUCCUGCAAGCUGUGACUGACGGCAUCUCCGCCCUUGUCACCGAGAACAAAUACGUCAACCGGCUGCACCGACUGUGUGCUACGCUCUUGAGUCUUUGCACACCGCUUGUCAAGACUUCAGGACCGCAAGAUCGCAACAACAUAGAUGCAGCAGUUCAAGGUUUCUCAGCCCAGACUUCGGCACAUCAGUCUACACUGUCAAGUGUGAGAAACACACCAGACAUACUGAACAUAGCGCCCAAUGCUGGUGCCAGUAAUCCUGAUGGAUUUCUGCCCUCGACCUGGAACGAUGACAUGAUGUGGCAGCUGUUCCAGUCCCAACCUUCGCUCGACUGGUUCAACGCGGACAUCUUGGAUCCAACAUGGGACUUCAAUGUACCGAAGUGAGGCUGUCAAGAAUGCUGUCACGCAAGGGAGAAUGAAGGUUGUGAGACGGUUGACAACACCUGUAUACACUUCCCGCUUUGUCCUAGUCGGGCGCCCGACUAUAUCAACAGCUGGAGUCGAACUUCUCCAUUUUCAACACGCACCUAAGCCGCAAAGAGUCGGCCAAGGAAAUGGAAAAUCGAAGAACGGAGCUGAGAGGCGCUUGAACCUAUGCAAAUCCUGGCAUCCCAGACGACACCUGAUACAAGCGUGCGAUCCUUAGGUCGUAGUGAGGUAGUCAACAUGGGUUCGCUCGAAUCUUAGAAGCUUAUUAGUAGCUCAAGGACUACAAACAGAAGGAAAGCGUCGGACUUCUCUAGAUCAAUGCUCGGAGCCUGUAGUUAUCAUGACGCAGGUUCAACAAUCUUUGGAGCGACCGUGGAGCCAUCCAAGUAACUAUGGUGAAGUGCAGCUGUGGUGCCUUGAGAGUUUGCAGAGGUCUUCAGGCCGCUGAUGAG